AUGGUAAAGGAUUUAUUGAAGUUGAGACUCCCUCUUUAAAUGUUAUUUAAGGAGGAGCUACUGCUAAACCAUUUAAGACAUUCCAUAAUUCAUUACAUAGAGAUUUAUUCAUGAGAGUUGCUCCAGAAUUAUAUCUUAAAAUGUUAAUCGUAGGUGGAUUAGACAGAGUCUAUGAAAUAGGUAAAAACUUCAGAAAUGAGGGAAUUGAUUAAACUCAUAAUCCUGAAUUCACAGCUAUGGAAUUCUAUUGGGCCUAUUGUGAUUAUAAUGAUCUCAUGACUGUCACUGAAGAAGUCUUGUCAUAAAUUGUGUUAAAAUUGAAGGGAAGCUAUAAAUUCAAAAUUCAUAAGGGUGACAAUCCUACUAUCACACUUACUGAACAUGAUAUCAAAUCUGGUCAUUUUAAAGAAAAAGAGGAGGAUUUUCUUGAACUUGAUUUCACUCCACCUUGGCCAAGAGUUUCGAUGAUGGCUGAGUUGGAGAAGAAGUUAGGUGAAAAAUUACCUGAAGUCUUGGAAAGUGAAGAAGCUAAUGCCUUCUUUAAUGCAUAAGCUAAAAAACAUAAGGUUGAAUGCUCUAAUCCAAGAACUACUGCUAGAUUAAUUGAUAAAUUAGUUGGUCAUUUCUUGGAAGUCAAUUUUAAGAAUCCAACCUUUUUAAUUGAUCACCCAUAAUUAAUGAGUCCAUUGAGCAAAGUUCAUAGGCAAUAUCCAGGCUUAACUGAAAGAUUCGAACUUUUCGUUAAUUAUCAUGAAUUGUGCAAUGCUUAUACAGAAUUGAAUGAUCCAUUUGUUUAAAAAGCACUAUUCCAAAAAUAAGUUGAAGAUGCUGCCAAAGGAGAUGACGAAGCUAUGGGAUAUGAUGAAGGAUUUAUUAAAUCAUUAGAACAUGCUCUCCCACCAACUGCUGGCUGGGGUCUUGGUAUUGACAGAUUUGUAAUGUUGUUAACAGAUACACAAAACAUCUAAGAGGUUCUUCUGUUUCCAGCCAUGAAGCCUGAAAUGACCAUUGAGGAGAUGUAAAAAAUCUAAAAAGAAAAGGAAGAACAAAAACAAAAAUAAUAAUAAUAACAGUAAUAAUAAUAGUUACAAUAACAAUAAUGAAGAUAUUAAAUAAAUAAAAUAUAUA